AAAUAAUCGUGAACCGUGUUUGCGUGAAAAUCUCGAGCUCCGUAGCGCGGUGAAAAUGCUGGCUUCCCGUGCACUUUUGGUCGGAAGACUGCUGGCUCGUGGUGUCGCUGCCAAGAAGGUGAACCCCACUGGUCUUCGCAACCAGAUCGUACGCCAUGGACACGACUGGUCCUAUCGAGUAAAUGGUCCGAAGCCGGAGUUGCUGGCACGAGUUGGUGCGCAAGUCGCCGGAGGCUUCAUGUGGUGGUGGAUUCUGUGGCAUCUGUUCCACGAGUACGAACACAUUACGGGUGAAUUCGACUAUCCCGACCCGUCUUCGUGGACCAACGCUGAGCUGGGUAUUCCGGCAAGUGAUUUGGACGAGUGAAGUUCACUGCCAGCAAAUCCGUUCUCUAUUCUGGGCUUUAGAACAUCCAUCAGAUUCGGUUGUAAAUAAACAGUGGCGGCUGUAGCGUAAACUGGAACUGGUGUUAUCGAAACCGUGUUUCUCUUGGGUUGCAGGAAAAUGGAAACAAUUGAAACGAUUCGGCAGUUAAUGUAGCGAUUGUUGAACUCUUUAAAAGGCGAAAGGAUUUUAUAUUUUGGUUGGCUAGCUUCUUAAAAAUGUUCGAAAGCGACCGAAGCUAGAAACAUUACACGUUAGUCAAUAUAAUAACAGAAGAAGAGCUUACAUGUAUCGAUAAUGGAACUU